AUGAUAUUUGCACCUCAAUCUAUGUGCUAUGAAAUGGCCUCGAACAAGCAGGCCCCUCCAUGUCCUUCAAGUAUGUGGCAGAAGUCAAAAUGGAGUUGUCCAAUGGCCGCAAGAAGUAGCCGGAAUUGCCAGUUGGCUGGAGAUGAUCUUGCCGAAGUCGUUCCAACUUUCAACCUUCAAGGUCUUCAAGUACUUGCUUGA